UCAAGACUGAUCGUAAAAGUAAAUUACCCAAUUUUAUUUUACAAAGAAACUUCCUUACGCAUUUUUAUAAUAAUCCGCAAAGCAAUAUGCAACGUUAUCAACAGUCAUUGAUUAUCAAGACGAGGGGAGAGAGAGCAAAACCCGCCAGGAGGUGGACACAGGAGGAAGAAAUAAAAAUUCUGGACUAUCUUAUUGCAAAUCAAAAUAGUAAUUUUCCUUCUGCUGUUCCUUUCUAUAAUAAUAUGUGCAAUGAGAUAAACUUGAACGUCCGACCUGUUCUCAUUCGGAAUAAAGUCAGGAACAUGAAGACACUUUACUACAAUGCCCUACAGUGGAGGCGGGAAAGCAUAGAAAAUGGAACUUAUACUGAUCGUGCAAUGAACGAGUACAUCAAGAAGCGCUGUCCUCAAUUUGAAAGACUAGACAUCUUGUAUUCAAAUACAUUGCAAGCUCAGAAAGCUGCUUCUCAUGUGCAUGUGAAUGAAGAGGAAGACAAUGAAGAAUCUCUCAAUAACAUGGACCUAGCUGACCUAGGCCAUACCACAAAUCCAAACUCAUCAAAUAUCUCAAUGAGAGAAAUGGCGGAAAAUGACGAAGAAAUGAAUGACAUUGUUAAAGUUGAGUACGAAGAUACGGGCAUUAAUUGGAAUCAGGAAAUUGAUUUCAUCGAAGAGGAGCCAUCAGAAGAAUUCCCAGAAAAUUCUGAGGAUCCGCUUCAGAAUCAAAAUGCCACAAGUACCUACCCAACACCCUCCUCACCCACCAAAGCAAUAGACCUCAAGAGAGACUACAUUAGACUCGAAAGGGUAAAGCUGGAGAUUGAAAGGGAAAAAAUCUCAAUUGCACGUGAAAAAAUUGCCUUGCAGCGUCGAGAAAAUGAUGAAGAGGCGAGAUUUAAGAUUCUACAAUUGGAGCAGCAGGAAAGGAUAAAAAUUCAUCAAAUUGAUAGAGAAACAGAACUGAAAAAGUACGAAUUGUCUUUGAAAUAUCGAUAAAAAUUGGAUUUUAUCCGAAAUUAAUUACUAUUGCUUUAUUUAAAUAGACUGUUUAAUAAAUAAACAAUUAAAUAAAGGAGAUGGAAGUUCAAUUUUAUUUCCAUGCCUAUGCUUU